GGGUUUGCGAGUCCCUGAGUCCUGGGAGACGUGGGCUCGUGGGCCUGCAGUUCUGUCAAGGAGAGCGCGGAGUUUUCCAACCUUUUCAAACUCCCUGCCCCCGAUGGCACGGAAGAGGAAUCUUCCUCAUAUCUGGGCGAGGGCAGUUAGUUCACUCCCGGCCUGAGAGAGGAACUCAGCGAUCAUAGAGUUGGCGGAAUGCCGGGGUAGAGAGGACCGGAAGUUGUUUCUUCGCCCCCCGCCCAGGGCCUGCUCGGGUCUCCACGGGCUGGGUUUGGUUCCUGCGGCUGUCAGACUCGUUCGGCCCUAGGGCUUGGUGGCCCUUGGGGUGGGCUCUCCCGGAUUCCGGACUCAUUCCCGUACCUGCCUCUGGGAAGCCGUGUGAAUUCCUCGGUCUCCUAGCAACGAGAGACUGGGCCGCGGCUUCCGGGAGCCGCGGCGCGGGCCAAGUCGCCCGGGCGGCAGCCAGAACCGCCAGGCCUGGCCCAAACGGUUGCCGAAACACAGAGCUUGGAAGAAUAAACAGGAAAUGGCGGACGAGGCGUUGUUUUUGCUUCUCCAUAACGAGAUGGUGUCUGGAGUGUACAAGUCCGCGGAACAGGGGGAGGUGGAAAAUGGACGAUGUAUUACUAAGCUGGAAAACAUGGGGUUUCGAGUGGGACAAGGAUUGAUAGAAAGGUUUACAAAAGAUACUGCAAGAUUUAAGGAUGAGUUAGAUAUCAUGAAGUUCAUUUGUAAAGAUUUUUGGACUACAGUAUUCAAGAAACAGAUCGACAAUCUAAGGACAAAUCAUCAGGGCAUCUAUGUACUUCAAGACAACAAAUUUCGUCUGCUUACUCAAAUGUCUGCAGGAAAACAAUAUUUAGAACAUGCAUCUAAGUAUUUAGCAUUUACAUGUGGCUUAAUCAGAGGUGGCUUAUCAAACUUGGGGAUAAAAAGUAUUGUAACAGCUGAAGUGUCUUCAAUGCCUGCCUGCAAAUUUCAGGUGAUGAUACAGAAGCUGUAGAACAUACUGAAAUGGAAGGCUUCAGCAGUGUAAAGAGAUAAAUUAUUCCUGUAUAAAGUAUUUUAAGUAGCAAUUAUUUAAUUACAAUGUUGGACGUUUGUAUGGGAGUAAGAGUGUAUUUUAUCAACUCGACACAGACCAACUCAAAGCAGAUAAAGGAACAUUCUGCCAUGACAUACACUUUACUGAAACUAUUUAAAAUGAAAAUCUGAUUUCAAAUAACCAGACACCAAGAUGUAGCAUUAUUUUAAAUAUUUUUAUUUGGUUAGAGUGAUGUGUAUGUAACCCCAGGUGGAGAAGCAAAGCUCAGGGUUUGUUGAAUUAGCAUAAAGAAAAGUAUACACCAACAGAAUCAUUUGUGUUAAGAAUGAACAAAUUUUGGUAAAGUGUGAAUUUGUUUUAGUUAUUUAAGAAAGCAAACAAUACACUAAGAUUAAGCUUAAUUUUUAUUUUAUUGCUUGUAAUUUAUUUUUGUUAAGAGAAUUUAUGCCUGUAUAAGGAUUUCAUAUAUACAUAUGUGUAUAUGUGUGUAAAUACAUAUGAUUGCCUAAAUUGCUUAAAAACUUAAUUUCACUUUAAUAGAUUUCAGUCCUCAAGAACUCCAUUGAUAUAAUUUAAAUAAAAUAUACAUUAGUUUAAA